AUUUAUAGGUGGUGGAAGAUAAAUUACACCAACACAAAUAUUAAUAUAAUGUUUGCCUCUCUUGAAUUGAAUAGUAAGCCAUAAUUCUUCUAAUUUACUCUUAGUUUCUAUUUUAUAUGAUUGAAAAUGUUUACGUACUGCUAUCGCUACUCCCCCUCCAGUUUUUUUACAGGAUAAUGCAUUAAUAUUACGAUCUCUCCUAUACACAAUAUAUCGUUCAUCGAACAACUCUGAAUUUAGUAUGUUAGACUGCAACCAGGAUUCCGUAACAAAAAUAAUGUCAUAAUCGUUCAGCAACACAUGAUUAUAAAAUUCUAUAAUUUUAGUAUUAAGACCUCUUACGUUUUGAUAGUAACAAUUUAUAGACUUCAUAGCCAUUAUAACAAAUAAUAUGAAUUUAUACACACUAAUCUUACACUAUAUGCAACAACUAAAGCUAAAGUUAUAUUUUGUUCAGCGAAUCAAUAUUUUUAAUGAAAACUGCAGGGGCGUUCUCAGAUUGUCUAAUAAAUAUGCGACCGCCUCUCACCCAUACAAAUUUAUAAUUAUUUUCCUUCGCCUUUAUCCUUGCAGCUUUAUGAAGUUCUUUGUUAUGUAAAGAUAAAUGCUCGGAGACAUAUAUAGGUCUUUUGUUACCUCCAAUGCCCAAGUGAGACGAGUUGAGUUUGUCACUUGGGUUUUUCUUGUUAAACCGUAUAACUGCAGCAAGUAGUCCAUCCCGAACUAAUGGGCUUGUUACUUUGACAAUAAUGGAUCGUGGUCGGGAUGACGAUGGAUUGGAUUUUGCUACCCUAGUACACACAUGUAUGUCGCUUUCGUUAAGGUCGAAUGAUACAGUUUUUGCUAAUUGCAUUACUGUCGAGAUAAGGUUCUCGGAUUUGUGCUCAGGUACUACACUGAAUCUCGAUAUUAGCAGAGCGUGCGUGUUGUUCCAGUUGUUCUAGACGAUUUUUUAGUUCCAUAUUAGUUUAGUUUAGUUUUAGUUUAGUUUACGACGGGCUGUUUUCCGCAACUCCACGUCUAUGCGCGUAUUUUGCGUGUGGGCAGGAAUAAUGUGAUUAUUCGAGCCAUGAGAUCUCUCCGAAGAAGCUCAACAGGCCCUUGAUGUUGCAUGCAACUUCGGGGAGUGAUCCCGGCGUGCCGAGAUGUUUAGCCCUGUAUGUAGCGACCUCCGGACAUUUCAGUAGCACGUGGGCCGCCGUUUCUUCCUCCCCCAUACAUGCCCUGCACAGGGGACUAUCUGUAACACCUAUAGUAAAUAAAUGUUUGUUAAAGGUGCCGUGUCCUGUGAUAGCACUUGUUACUAUCCUAAUCUGCGGCUUGUUCAGUCUCAUUAAAACUUUUGUUAAGCGACUGUUAAUUUCAGGUUAGUUCCAUAUUAAGAGUUUUCAUUUCAGCUGCCUCUUUGAGAAGUCGUGUGUUAUCUUCAUUAUUUCUUAUGGAAUCGAUUUUUAUUUUUUCGUAUUGUUGGUUGAUAAACUCCAUUGAUUCCUUCAUGGAGCUAAGCUCUUUUUGAAGAAUUAUUACCUCAGACUCGACAGAGCGUAUUUCAGAGCUGAUAGUAUUUUUUAUCAUGUCAUUAAUUUCAUUUCUAAAGAUAUUACAGAGUUCACUUCGAAUAAUCUCUCUGAUAUCUUCUUUAGUUAAACAUAUAUGUUCAGGUUCUUGUAGUAUAUCAGUAGACGAUUGAUCUGAGUUUUUGCGUAAUGCUCGUUGUGAUACCCAGGUACAGGUCGGUGUAACUGUAUUGUCAGUAAGAAUUGUGUUUUCUGUUGUAGAUGCUCUCACCGGUGUGUUUGCAUUAUCCCCCCUUUUCUUUACUUUACUACAUGUAGGACAGACCCGAUUCCUUUUCUGAGACGUUGAAUAGUUCUGAUAUAGACGUUGAAUAGACUUUCAAUAAGAAUUACACAUGUGAUAUAAAUUUAAUAAAAAAUCAUUCUAUUUUAUAUUUUUAGUAUCUUGUAUUAUUAUUAUUAUUAUUUGCCAUAGUUGCCACGCUAAGCAGGCUGGUUGGCAACUGCAGUUUUUUUAUUAUUCUGACCUGUUGUGAAGAAAAUUCUACUGCCCAUAUCCUUAUGAGAUAAAAUAAUGAAAUUGUUAGAUGACCAAACCCACCUGUUAGUUACUUCAUACUGCAAUUUAUAUUAAAUUAAAAGGUUAAAACUGCUAGGGGAUGUAUAUUUUUAUUAACUUCCAUUUGAAACUAAGUGACAAUGGCCUAAUAGUUAAGGGUGUAAACUGCAAACUCAAGAAAGUAUUAAGUUCAAAUUUGCCAUUUGUCUAUUGUUAUAUUGCAUAAGCAUUUUCAGUUUACUUGGAGUAAGUAAGAGAAGUAUUUGUAAUGUUAAUAGUGAUGCUAGUAGUUAAAACUUGAAAGUAGGUUUAGUAAGAUUGAAUUUUGAAAGCCUCAUACUGGCAAGCAAAUUGUUUAGUGGCCCCCCACUGGAUAGUGGCAAUCUGGCAACACAGGAAGUCGAUGGAUGCAGGUGGCUUAACACUGUGUUUUUGCAGUGAUGAUGAUUCACUAGGUGGCACGACUUUUUUCUGCCUAGGAGCCUGUCUGGGUAGUUUUUUUUUUAUAGGAUAGGGGUGACAAACGAGCACACAGUCCACCUGAUGGUAAGUGGUUGCUGCGGCCCAUAGACAUCUACAUCUAUCCUCGUUUGCGAAUCAAAAUGCAGAUGCGUUGUCACCCGUGAGGACUAAGAUGGAAUGCCUCAUUUCCAGUAAAAAGGGCCUCCUCAUUAUCAUCCUCUUGCCUAUUUCUGCCACCAGCAGCAGUAUGUGUCCCGGUGUGAAGGACAUUGAGAGCCAGUAUAAUAAUACGCUGUGAAGCAUUACAUCUUAGUCCUCAGAGGUAACAUCGCAUCUGUAGCCUUUGCUUGCAGUUCGUUGCAGGUGCCUAUUGGUUUGUAAGUUUAUUUGUCACUUCAAUGUAGUAAAAAUGAUGUUGAAGGUAGCCAAUAGAUUUUAUUACAAACUUGAAUAUUUAAGUAGUUUUCCAUAUUUAUGAUGAACUUUCAUAUUUUCAGAUGGAUGAGGAUGAGGAGCCCAUAAUUGUCUGUUUCACCUGUCAUGCAAGACUCAUUCGUUGCUUAACAUUACAACAACAGGCUAUUGAGUCAAAUGCAAUUCUGGAGCAGUUACUUGCAGGAGGGUCCAUGUCAAUACCAAAUCAUCAUGAGGCUAGAAAUAAGAUUCAAUUCACACCAAUUAGUCAUAUAGAUAUCAGGCCAGUAGAGUGUGAUCUAGAUAAUGAUUGUCAGAACGAAAUGUUUAGCCUUGAAUCUGUUAAAGUUGAAGAAGAGAAUUUAGAAAAUGAGAAUUUCAAAUAUGAAGAAAAUGGGAACUAUGAAAUAGGUUGCCAAAAAAUAAAGGCCUUCAAAAAUUGUGGAUUGAUAAUAUAGGCCAGGAAAACAUAAAACCUGCAGUAGUAAGAAGAAUAUGCUCCUUGCAUUUUGAAAAAUAAUGUCUAAAUAGAACGCUGGAUGUAGUUCGGCUUAAGGGUGAUUUGGUUCAUGUGUCUAAAAUAAAUUUUCUGACUAAAUAAUAUUAUUUCGUCAUGAAUAAAUGAUUUUAAUCAGUAU